GGCACCACCAUUUAAAGGGGGUGAUGGCUGUCACAUGGUUAAACCUGCUUCCUGUUUAUCGGCUGUUUUACUUCGGUAUCUGUUGCACAGCUUGCGACACCACUCGGUAUUGCUGAGGCUGUUAUCCACUUCUAUUUUGCUACCUUACAGCGACAGGACAGUUUACUGUAUACAUUUAACAGUUUAUGGUCGUGGUUUCUAAGGAGACAGGAAGACAUGGCACUGAGGAAACGUGAGUAGGCCGGGAAGGAUCCUGGAGAUUUCCUGACUCCAGGGCUUUGAUUUGGUGGAAAAGACGAACGAUAGGCUACGCCUGGGGACCUGAGCUAGCCUGUUAGCUAGUCUUGCUAACCUCUGUAGCCUGCAGCGGCAGCAGCUGUGGUUUGAGUGACCGGCUUUACGGGCUGGCUAACAGGCUGUGUUUGGAGAGUGGAACGGUUCGCUGGUGCCCUGAAUUCAAGAAGACUCCCCGGCUCCGGCUCCCUCAAGCGGGCAGUCAGGAAAAAGCUGGCUGGGAAGGGAUGGCCUGGUCGGUCUCCCCGUCCCAGAGGACAAGGCUCAGCGGUGUUUGAAGGAGGUCGAGUGCGGCUCGAAGCCACCGCAGCGGGUCGAGGCACUAUGACGGACAUCCACCUCCCCACGGCCGGCAGCUUCCCGGCUCCCGGGCUGUUGGUCAGAAAGAGUGAAGAAAUAACGGAUUUGAUAGACCUGUUUUCCAAGACGCAGUACAGGGCAAAGGAAGUCACUCCGCAGGUGGAGGCCAUAGAGACACGCUGUCUGCAGCUGUUUGCCAGAGAUUACAAGUACAGCAUCAUCCAGAACACCAACGGAGAAGUGUGUGGACACUACCCCCGACAGAUAGUUUUCCUGGAGUAUGAAUGCCUAGAUGUGGAGAAAGACAGGUUUGAGAGCACGGUGCAGAUCUCUAAGCUGCAGGACCUAGUGAACCGGAGUAAGAUGGCUCGCUGUAGAGGGAGGUUCGUCUGUCCAGUCAUCCUCUACAAUGGCAAGCAUAUAUGCCGAUCAUCCACACUGGCAGGCUGGGGGGAGCUGUAUGGACGCACAGGCUACAACUACAUUUUCUCAGGGGGCAGUGAUGACACAUGGACGGAGUCGGAGGAGUUUCCAGAGGAUGACAGGGUAGUCAGGAACGGUGACUCCCAUCUCUUCGAUAAGGUUCGAGGUUAUGACAUUAAGCUGCUGCGUUACCUGUCAGUUCGCUACAUCUGCGACUUAAUGGUGGAGAACAAGAAGGUUAAGUUUGGCCUCAAUGUGACGUCAUCAGAGAAGGUAGACAAGGCCCAACGCUAUGCAGACUUCACUUUGCUUUCUGUGCCUUACCCAGGUUGUGAGUUUUUCAAGGACUACAAAGACAGAGAUUACACAGCAGAGGGUCUGGUGUUUAACUGGAAUCAGGACUUUGUGGACGCUCCUUUGACAAUCCCCAGGUGCUUUACUCACAACUUGAACAUUGACUGGACUCAGUACCAGUCAUGGGACCUGGUGCAGCAGACCCAGAACUACCUGAAGCUACUUCUCCACAUCAUCAAUAGUGAUGAUGAUAGCGGCCUCCUGGUGCACUGCAUAUCAGGAUGGGACAGAACGCCUCUGUUCGUGUCUCUCCUCAGGCUCUCUCUCUGGGCAGAUGGUGCAGUGCAUGCCAGCCUGGAGCCCACAGAGAUUCUGUAUCUGACUAUCGCUUACGACUGGUUCCUCUUUGGUCACAUGCUGCCAGAUCGACUCUCCAAAGGGGAAGAGAUUUUCUUUUUUUGCUUCAAUUUUUUGAAGCACAUUGUUUCAGAGAAGUUCUCUACAGUUAAAAAGCAGAGUUUUAGAAGAAAGAACUCUCACUUCAAAGACGGUGAUUUCACUGUGGAAGAGCUCUGCCAGUUGAAGUCCAGGGACCGUGGCAGUGUGACUAGUUUGAGCAGUGACUUUUCCCUCAUCACUGAAGAGAUUGCUAGUGGAUCAAGCUUGACCAAUGACACUGUGGACCUGUCCUCCAGUCAGCCCCAAGCCUCCAACUGGAGAAAAGGCAACACUUCCUCUUCUCCAAUGGUGGUUUGGAAUAAACAGAACCCUUUGGACGACCGCCUCUCCCACACAGCAAAUGACGCCAGGUCUUCUAGCUCCUCAUCCAAUCAGUCGGAGCAUGGCGACACUCGUACUGGCAGCAGCCCAUUGGCUGUUCCAGGGAGAAGGUUAGCAGCGGACUGUGCUCGGUCAAGUUCCUCCCUCUCUACAGAUUAUGGUAGUUGGCAGAUAGUUUCCGGUUGUGGCAGCAUCCAUGACCAUACCCAUUUCCCUCCACCUUUGGCCUCGGCCUCAUCCUCCAACUCAUCUACUGCUAUCGCUGCCUACGACUCCCCCCUGCCAUUCAGCUUUCAGGAUGAAGCCAGUGGACGAAUGUGUUCCUUCCCCUCUGAGCGUCAGGCCCGUCUGGAGGCAGUACGUGAAGCCUUCUUGGCAGCCUACAGCUCCACUGUCGGCCUCAAAUCCUCAGCUCCCAGCCCCUCUGGUGCCAUCUCCGGCCUGCUGGAGCAGUUUGCCCGUGGGGUGGGCCUCCGCGGCAGUAACGCCAUCGUCUGAGCCUCUUGAUGGGACCCUGGACCCUCCUGCUUACAUCAGUUGAUUCAGCAUGUCUGUGCCAAACAAUCCCCUCUUCAAUUUUAGGGGUGAAGCAUUAUUUUUUUUAAUAUUUUAAUAUAUUUUUUAUUUUUUAACAUGCCCUCCAUUUUAUUUUAUUUUUCCCCUGUGGACUUUAAAUGUCUGAGGUUUUUGUCACAUUCAGGAAGGGAAAUGGUUUCAAAAAGGGAUGGUGAUAGAUUUAGAGGUCUCCUGUUAUUACAGUGUAAAGAAUUCUGCCUUGGCCUGUUUAUAGAUUUGUAACUCCAUGUCCAGUAAACAAUAUCACUUGAUUUCUUUUGCUUAUGCUGCUAUUCUUCACUGAUCCAAACAGUUCUGUAGUUCUACUGGGCAGUGGAAAUGAGACAAAAAGCUUGAUGGGUCCCCCCCCCCCCCCCUCAAAUUGUCUCCUAAAAACAGAAAAGAUUCGAUGCUGUUCAGAUUUUGAAUCUGGCUCAGUACUUUAUCCGAUCUGUUUUACUGCAUAGAGCUUCAUAUUUGUGGGGGUCUAAAGUUAAAGGGCUUUUGGUGUUGACGUUCCCAUAUAGGAAACAUUUAGAAUAGUUGACUCCUGCGCUUUUUGAUUUGUUUUUUGUUCCCCCAAUGACCCAUGAAAGCUUUAGCUGAAAGACCUUGUAUAGUCUGACCGUUGUCAACUUGGUUUAAAGAGGACUCUAUUAUGCUGCUUUCUUAUUUUACGAACUACUCAAUGCCAGAUAUUUGGUGCCUUGAAGUGGAACAAAAUAAUAUUGGACAAUAAAAACUUGGUAAAAACUGAAAUUUUUCUCCAACAAUGCAGUUUGGCUUUAGUUGGCACCAUUAACUGAACAAGCCAAAUGCUGUCUAUUUGGUUAUUACUCUGUUUGAACCUCUACUUUGACUGGUGGAAACAGGACUGUGGCCAAAAGGCUGGUUAAGACCAGUUAUCAGCAACAGUCUUUUGAACGUUUCAAGCUGCCAGCUAGACACUGCAGAGGUUAUCACUUAAGUCAAAAUGCUAAGGUGUAUAUGGAUGCAUUGCUUUUAAACUCUUGUCCAGGGAAGCUCGAUAUCAUACUACAUGCAAAUAAAAUUAGUCUGACUGACAGAUCAAAUUAUUUGCUUUGUAAUUUUAUAGGAAACGCUUAAAUUUCAGGAGCUAAGAUUUACAUUAACCCUUUUUUUUUUUUUUUUUUUUUGGGUUGAGUAGUUG